UUAUAUGAAGCUGCUGACGUGCGUCGCCCAUGGAGACAAAACUUACUUUUCUUCUGCAGGUGGAACUAAAAGUCCUUGUCAGCUUCGUACUUCUUUCCCAUACGUGACUCUUCUGAAGCUACAAAAAUGUGGCAACGCUGUGCACUGAAAGAGGACAAGCUGAGCAGGUUAACUCUGCCUGUCCUGUCCAGCAAUAAAACCAUGUUGACCUGCAGGCCUCAGAGACAGGAAGUGUUGAAGCUGGACGAUGAAGUGUGCUACUCCCUGAGUGAAGAUUUCUCACAGAUCCCUUGUGCGAAUCGCAGCGUCAUGAGUGACCUCAGCUCUCGGUAUAUGGAGGUCAGCCGAUGGCAGUCCCUCAUUUCUGAGAGUAUCAGUCGAGUGGACCGAGAAAUCACAGCCGUGGAGCAGGUGAAAGACGUUACCGAGCGCUGUCUCCAGGAGAGGCAGCUGUACAGUCAGCUCAUGGGCAACUGUGUGGCGAUCAGCAACAGCCUGAGUCCAGCACUCACGACGAGGCAGGACUACGUCUUCGCCGAGCUGAAGAAAGAAGAGCAGCUGACCAACGAGGUCCGACAGCUGCUGCAGAGCCACAUCUGCGUCCUGCUCGACAAACUGAGCUCUCUGAAGAACACUCGCGCUAAGCUGCUGGCGGAUUUCGACGACAAGGGUGAAGCCAUGAAGCUCACCACCAAAUGCAUCUCCCAUGAGGUCAUCACCCCGGGCUCCUGCCUCCUGCCUCCCGGUCAAUACAAGCCCAACCAUGUGAGCUACGACAAGUGGCUGUCUCACUGCAAGGGCUUGAGGCAGGCGGCUGAAAACCAGCUCAGGGACUCGUCUUCCUUCAGGGCAAACCUGCGAUUCACCUUGACCAACCUAAAAAAUGCCCAGGAGCGCCAGCGCCGCCGAACAGAUGGCUGUCUGAGGAAGAAGAUCAAUAAGCUGGCCACGAUUCAGAACACGCUGAUAUGGGAGCGGCAGCGGGUCAACGAUGAGAUUUCUGAUCUGACGAAGGACUCGCAGAAAGUGGUGGGUCAGAUCAGGAACUGCGAUUUCAAGCUGCAUCAGGCCACACACCGCCUGGAGACCCUCAACCAGAGACCCAGAUACGAGCUGUGCCUGGACCACCCCUACAUCAGCCUCGCACUGGAGAAACAAGACUUGGGAAAAAUGGCAGCUGGACUUCACUCAGCUCUGAACUGCUUGCACCAUGACCUGGAGCUCAAACACAGGCGCCUCAUGACUCUGGAGGAGAAACUGUCCAAAAACGCCCGAGCCCUGGAGGUGGAGCAGAAGUGUCAGAAGCUGCACCAGAGCUUCCUGUCUGCCCUCGACACGGCGGUGGUCCUCAUGAACAAGCCCAAGCUGUGCACGACCACAGGCUGCUCCAGCCCUUAUGCCUACCUACAGUAGAGUGCAUUAGUGCUCUGCUGCCACCUGUGGCCUUUUCAGUGUGAUGAUGCAUUAAUAAAAUAUCUCAU